AUUUCCAUUGCUUCUCCUCUCCGUGUACCCUCUAAAUUCUGAGUAUUUAUACUAUUCUGUUUUUUUUUUUUUUUCAUUUUUUGUGUGAAGGUAGUGUAAUGUGAUGCAAUGCAAUGCAAGAUAUCUCACCACACCCAAAAAAAAAAAAAAAAGAAACUGAAACUUCAUCACCUACCACUUGAUAACUCCAUUUCCUCUUCCUUUCCUCAAUAACCAUGGCACCAGAUCUCACUGCCCACUUUCAAAUUUUUCUCCUUUUUUUAAUGGUUUGCUUUGUUCUUCAUCACAAUUUAAGCAAAGAUUUAAAAAAAGUCCCCAUUUGUUUUGGUUUCUCGCUAUUGUUACUGUUGUUGCUUUGGUUACAUGACAGCUCCUUGCCAUCUUAGAUCCGACAGUCCUUUCAUUCUCCCCCAACAUUGACUCUUGCCUUUCCAGAGAGAGAGAGAGAGAAAAAAGGUCCCGUCUUUUUAUCUGAGCUGUUGAUUUGGUUGAAUUCUGGCAUCUGGGUUUGGCUUCUUCUGUGUUGUUUUCUGAUGGAUUUUGGUGUUUUGUGAAAUGGGUUUUGGAUUUCAGCUUUUGUUUAUUUUGGGAUCUUGUUUAUGUGUAAUCUGCAUUCAAAGAUCUGAACUUUGCAGGUUUUGAUCUUCCCUUUGCGUUCUUUGAGGUGAAAAUUCGAACUCCCUCUCUCGUAAAUAGUUGAAUUCUGAAUUUAAAAACAACAGGACAGGGAAUUAUUCAGAUUGAGGAACAAUGGGUGGUCAUCUGAAAGACCAGCUCUCAAGAAACAGCCAUGUGUUUGGUCUUAAGCUCUGGGAAGUGAUGGGAUUAGCCGUUGCAUUGUUCAUCAUAGCCAUCCUCUCUGUUCUCUCGUUUUGUCUCACCUCGAAAAAGAAAUCAAGAAGAUCUAUAACCAGUCUUCUUCCAGUUAGCCAAACCCCUCCUGUCUCCAAGGAGAUCAAAGAAGUCGGAAUUGAUGAACAUGACUCAGCAAGCAACGUUGCUCUUCUAACGAUUCGUGACAAAGACAGUAAAGAAUCUGAUAAAGAUUUGCUUCGUUUGGAUGUGGGGAGGAGAAAGAACCGAGGUUAUAGUCGGUCAGGAUCAUUUCGUAAACAUUCUCAGUUGCAGUCAGGGGAAGAAGGUUUUUCGGGUGGAGCGAUCAAACCUUCUUCUUCUUCUUCAUAUAAUAUGGCAGGUCCAUCCCCUCUGACCGGUCUACCCGAGUUUACUCACCUCGGUUGGGGCCACUGGUUCACUCUGAGAGAUCUUGAGUUAGCAACAGGCAAGUUUGCAAAGGAAAACGUUGUCGGGGAAGGUGGAUACGGAGUUGUAUACAGCGGAAAGUUGAUCAAUGGAGCUCAAGUCGCAGUGAAAAAGAUUCUGAACAACUUGGGCCAAGCUGAGAAAGAGUUCAGCGUUGAAGUCGAAGCUAUUGGCCAUGUUCGCCACAAGAACUUGGUUCGUCUUCUUGGAUACUGUAUCGAGGGUACACACAGGAUGUUAGUUUAUGAGUAUGUUAACAACGGAAACCUAGAACAAUGGCUUCAUGGAGGGAUGAGACACCAUGGAUAUCUCACUUGGGAAGCUCGGAUGAAAGUUCUCAUCGGUACAGCCAAAGGUCUUGCGUAUCUGCACGAGGCUAUAGAGCCGAAAGUAGUUCACCGAGACAUAAAGGCGAGCAAUAUACUAAUUGAUGACGAGUUCAAUGCCAAGGUUUCGGAUUUCGGCCUUGCCAAGUUGCUCGGUUCCGGGAAAAGCCAUGUAACCACUAGAGUAAUGGGAACGUUCGGGUAUGUUGCUCCAGAAUACGCAAAUACCGGACUUUUAAACGAGAAGAGCGAUGUCUACAGCUUUGGGGUUUUGAUCUUAGAAGCAAUCACUGGAAGAGAUCCUGUAGAUUACGGGCGUCCUGCUCACGAGGUGAAUCUAGUGGACUGGUUGAAGAUGAUGGUGGGGAGUAGAAGAUCAGAAGAAGUUGUGGAUCCAAACAUAGAGGUAAAACCACCGAGGAGAGCGUUGAAACGUGCCCUCUUGACGGCUCUGAGAUGCGUCGAUCCAGAUUCAGACAAGAGACCGAACAUGAGCCAAGUUGUCCGUAUGCUCGAGUCCGAGGAAUAUCCCAUUCCCAGAGAGGACCGGAGGCGAUCCAGAACUAACGGGGAGAGUAUGGAUAUUGAAUUGCAGAAGGAAAGCUCAGAUACAGACAGAAGUAACUCGGCUUCAAGAUCACAAAGCAAGAGACGAUAAAUCAUUCAUCCAAAAAAACUGAUAUUCUCUCAUGCGGUUCUUUCUUCUGCAAUUGUUUCCGGGUUCUCUUUCGGGUUUUCGUAUUUGAAGAGUAGAUGACAGAUAGAUAUAUGCAUACAUGUAUGAACACGUUUUGUAUAUGGAAACCGGUUUUCUUAAAAAGACUAGUGGAUUGGCGUAAUAAAAUCAUUGUAUGAACAUGCUUUUUUCCAGCUGUAA